UCUUCCAACGCGGAUGUUUAGUGCACAGUUUAUGUUAUUCAUAGAAACAUGUGACGCAUAUGUUUCGUGUAGUUCUAUCAUUUACUUAUUUUGCAGGAGGUAACAUUAUGAAUGUGCUAAGUGUUUUGCGUGUUCUGUUUGUGUUUCUAUUUCUUUUACAAUGCACUGGUGUUUGUUUAAGUUUCGGUUAUGAACGCAAGGAUAAUAAAUACGAUGGAUUACGUCACGGUCCAAUCAGACCGCCUUCCUUUCAUGAAAAAUACUCGGGCAUGACGGAACUGCAUGCAGUACAGCACGCGGCGUUGCCGCUGGGCGUCGAGGUUCAUCCUCUGCCUCUAGAAGGAGCCGAUCAUGAGCUCCAACUCAACGUCACCUGGCUGCCUAACGUUGAUCCGCCGGCAUCAGAUUAUUCGUUGGAGGUUCGCAGCAUGACAGAUACUGUUGAUUGCAUGACGCCCAUGUGCUACGAGUACAACAUUCCAGGGGAAUCUAGAUGGUGGCUGGUGCCCCCUCAGCCAAGCCCGGUGGCAGAGGGCUGCACGGUGCGGCCGGGCUGCGCGUACGCAGUUAAACUUAUCGCCCACCCGUGGGAUGGGCACACGUCAGCCAACAUUAAUGUGGAACUUGAAGAAUGUGUGGCUGGUGUAUGUUCUUGCGCACAUUCUCCCCGGCUGCCGAUACCUCAUGUGUCAGCCAACACUGUCUCCAUACAUGGAGAAAUCUACGUCAACGUCACAUGGUCUCUUCCCCCACCUCCCUUCCCUUACAGACUACCACCUGAAUUGAAGAAGAUGUAUUACUUUGUCAGUAUAGGCAAACAGAUGGUGUCAGACGCACACCCAUCUCCCUGGUUCGCACACGCGGUAUCUCGUCGCGUGGAUGUCGAUUCCCCAGUAGCAGUUCCCGAUGGCCCGCGAUGGAUGCUGCUACCUACUGUUGAGCGGAGCGACAAACGCAGCGGAGAGCGGAGUAAUUCGCGCAAUAUCGUGCUUGAUGUCAAACUGCUAGCAAGAGUUAAUCUUAUCGAUGAACGUGGAUGUGUUGGACCCGCGGGAAACGCUACCGCUUAUGAUCCGCUAGCAGCUAAAAAAAUCACAAAGGCAACUUACGCACUUUGGGCGAUAUUCGGUGGCACUUGCAUGCUGGCCAUGGUGAUACUGUUCGCGUUGAGUGCGCGCUUGGUGAAGCGUGUGCUGAGCGAGUUCCGCUCCGCACCCGCGCCCGCGUCCGCUUCGCUCGAGCCACUACGCCACCACCCCACGUGGCUCCCGCUCGCUGUCGGCGCGACUAACGAGGUACAAUCAAGAGGACAAAUGGAAAACAGUCCUCUCUACGUCCACAAAUAUUUUGAGACAACAGGGGAAGACACAGACAAGUGGGAGGUGGCGCGGACACGUGUCCACCUCGGCGCGCUGAUCGGCAGCGGUGCUUUCGGGCAUGUGCACCUCGCAGAGCUCGACAUGCCCGGCGGAGAGACAACUACGGUUGCUGCUAAAAUGCUAUCAGAUAAUGCAAAUGAGGAAGAAAUGCAAGACUUUCUCAGAGAGAUACUGAUGUUAAAGCAUGUCGGUUACCACCGGAACGUGAUCAGAUUAGUCGGCUGUUGCACUACCAAAGCACCGCUUAUUGCUUUGCUGGAGCACGCGCCGAGAGGCGACCUGCUGUCUCUUCUGAGAGCGGCCAGAGGAAGGCGCAAACUGGACAUACAAAGAUCCAAGAGGAAUGGCGAUACUGAUAGGCGUCUUGAAGGAAUUUCGGAAUACACAAACCUUAGCGACUCAGACCCGGCUUCAUGCGGUGACAAAUUAUAUAGAGACGACGUGAACCCUAGAGUACGAGAUCAUUACGUGGCGGAGCCUGCUUUGCACCUCGACAGUAGCACCAUGCGAGAGUACGCGUUACAAGUAGCUCUCGGUAUGAGACAUCUUGAAGAGAGGGGGAUUACACAUCGUGAUCUAGCGGCUCGAAAUAUUCUAGUGGACAGUGCUGGUACUCUGAAAGUGGCCGACUUCGGUCUGUCACGGUCGGGCGUGUACGUGCAUACGCGGGCGAGGCCCGUGCCACUGCGCUGGCUGGCCCCGGAGGCCAUCUUCCACGCGCACUACUGCAGCGCCAGUGACGUCUGGGCAUUUGCUGUGUUACUCUGGGAGAUCGCCACGUUAGGAGGUUUCCCAUACGCAGAACUGAGCAAUCAUCAGGUUCCAACAUAUUUAACGGGAGGUGGACGAUUACCUCGGCCUGCGCGCGCAUCCACCCGGCUGUACGAGCUGAUGACGGACUGCUGGGCCGACAAUCCCACCGACCGUCCCACCUUUGCUGUCAUCGUUGACAAGCUCACUGGCCAGAAGCAACUAUACGUAGACUUAGACUCUUUCCCAACAUCUGAAAGCCAUCUCACAUCGCUCAGUGAUUGAUUGAAUGAGUGAUCGAACAACUAUCGGUUCAUAUCACUCAUCAGUGUCUGUGUGACUAGGUGACUCGAGUGUCGUUCUACCUCACAAUUCUAAUUGAUUGACUGGAACACUCUCAGACUGUCACCAACCGAGCGAAUGAGCGAAUAAGUGACUGAGCAACUCUCUAAGGUCCUUGUACACAAGGCAACAUAAGUCUUCGAAACUCGACGCUUCUCAUUGCCUUGUGUACGAAGGUCCUAAAUGACGAAGUAGCUAAACAGUGGACUACGAUGACCAAACUAAAGACUGAUUCUCUGUUGUUUUUAUUUAUUAACC